AUGUCUCAUCACUUGUUUCUGCUAUCACCAACAGACACUCCAAUAUACUCUCUGGCUCAUCAGUCGACGAAAUCUACCGCGCCAUCGAGCGGGAGCACGCUCUCAUCCAACUUGCCAUCUUGGAGUACCGCGCCAUUUUCGGGCACAUUAACAGCACUCAGUGGUGCUCAGUCUGUUGGAACCGCCUCGACGCAGAAUGGCGCACCCAAAAUCGGCGCUGGACAGGACCGACAUGUGAUCCAGAUGAUAGCGAAUGCUAGUCUUGACGUUAUUGAAGAGAUGAUGGUUAGCAAUAGUGCAAUGUACCUCAAGUCGAUCGACAAAUUCAAUGAAUGGACCGUCUCGGCGUUUGUUACUCCUGGAAACAUGAAGUUUGUUCUGCUACACGAAGCCAAGAACGAUGAAGGCAUUCGGUCAUUCUUCAUGGAGGUGUGGGAGCUGUAUGUCAAGACGGCAAUGAAUCCAUUCCACCGGUCGGACCGGACGAUACGCAGCACCGUCUUUGACGCACGGGUACGGGCGAGUGCUAAGAAGUGGCUCUGA